CGAGCCUCCUCCCCCGGCCCCCGAUUCUGCCCGUGCUCCCUCGCUCCGAUUUUGCCGAACGUCCCUCCUCAUCCAAUAGGUGUUCUGGGCGUGAAGCACAAUUUGCCAGUCCCGCCGCACCCGUGGCCGCACGAGGGUGCCCAGCUCGCCGCUCCAAAGCAGCACUCCUUUACCUUCCAUCCGGCCAGCCCUUUUCACGUAUGCGCCCCUGCCUGUGGUAGGCAUCCGACUACCUUGGCUCCCGCCUCACGCAGCUCCGCUUGACCGCUCCUGGGCCCCUCGCUCGUCAUGGCCGACCGUAGGAGGCAGCGCAAUGCCCUUCGACCAAAUGGAAAUGCCUGGUCCAACAGCGUCAGCCACAGUCGCUGUCUCCUGGUGACCGGCUGCGCCAGUGAGGCCGAGGCCAUGGAAAUCAUCGACCUUGCCAAGUCUUCCUUUGAUCUCCAAUAUUCGAGCCCGCUGCCGCCGGCCUCGACCAAGGAUGGCUGCCAUGGUGUGGAGCUUGUCUUCUUCGAUUCACGCGCGGCCAAGCGCUUCGAAACCACCCUCCUGUCCAGUGCCGGGCCUGCUGCCCGCGGCGGGGCCCUCGGCGUGUCCUUCGAGCGGCACCCUCUCAACGACAAGUCCCUCCUUUGGGUGUUCUUCUUCUCGGCUCGAACCCUGCCCAAUAUGCCCGACCUCGAAGAGGCCGGCAGCCUCAGCGCUCGGGCCCUGGCCCACCAGCUCCUCCCGGCCGAGUCUUCGCCCGAGGACCGGCGUCACAUCAUGAGCCUCGUCAACCACUGGCGUGACAAUCUCCUCUCCAAUCCCAAGCCCCUGCUGGCCAUGCGCAUGCGAAAUCGCAGCCAAUCCACCAGCAGCCUGGACCACCCCGCCGGCGCGGAGAGGCCCGCCGGUGCCCCGGCCGGGGGGCCUCAGUCCGGCACACAGCCCGCCGCCUGCCCCCAGGCGGCGGCCACCCCGGCGACCGGCACUGCUGCAAACGGUGGCGCCGCCCAGUCUGACAAGGUGGGCUGGCGACUGGAGUUUUUCGACGUGCGCGACGCUCGUCGCGCUUCGGAUCUCCUCUACCGGACCCUUUCCAAUCAUUCCCCCGAGCACCAACUCUCCCUUUCGGUGUGCCUCUUCGAUGUGGCCGGGCCACGGUACAUUGUGGCCACCCCCCCGGCGGCUCCCUCUGCCGGUCCUUCGGUUGAGCCUCACCCCGGACCGCCCCCCGUCUCUGCGCGUCCUUCCAAUGGCCGCCGCUAUUCCCUGCCACACCUGUCAUACAGCCACGGCGCCGGUGGUGGCUCCGGGCCCGGCGCUCCGGGCCCCGCAUCCAUGUUGGAUCGAAAUGACCCGAUCGCCGCUGCGGCUGCCGCCUCGGCCGCCUUCCAAGCCUCGCUUGACCAUCGCCAGUCUGCCAAUGCACAUCAUGGACAUGGGGGGAUUGCUCGGCGAAAGGGAUCCAUCGAUGGGGGUCUGCUCCUGCCUCUAGAUCGAGGGAAGUUCUCCACCGACAGCGACCCUCACGGCAGCAGCGGCGCCGGCUAUCGCGGACGCUGGUCCGACACCGGCGCCCACGCGUCCGGUCACCAUCGAUCUUGGUCCUCUGGAGGUAACCAGCAAGAGUUCACCGCUCCGCGUGGCCGUGCGCCCGGGACCUCGGCCGCCGGCCUUGGCGGGCAGCCUACCACCACCGGUCCCUCGAGUGCCAGCACACGCGGUGGUGGCGGACCUGCUGGGCCCAUCGCAGCUGGCACGACUCCUCCCUUCCGAUUCGCCCGCUCCGGCUCGGUGUCCGAGGCCUCCGGCGGGGGUCCCUCUUCUGGCACCGGUUCGGGAUCCCCCUUCGCUGGAGGCUCUUCUUCAUCCUCCUCCUCCUCCUCCGGUGGCGGCGGCGGGUCUACAGGCAGCGGGCCCACCGCAAACAGCGUGCCCGAUCCAUUUGUCUUCUGCCCGGAGCAAGUCCGCAGCGGGCAAGAGCGCCGAACAACCUUGAUGAUCCGCAACAUCCCGAAUAAGUAUACCCAGGAGAUGCUGCUGGAGGCCUUCGACAAGGCGGCCGUCCCGAUGAUCGACUUUGUGUACCUGCCGAUUGACUUCAACAACCAGUGCAAUGUCGGGUAUGCCUUUGUCAAUUUCGCGCGGCCUGGCCCGCCGUUGCUGCACAUUUUCGAGCGCUUCAAUGGCCAACGCUGGGAGCGUUUCAACUCGGACAAGAUCUGCCUUCUGUCCUUUGCUCGGAUUCAAGGCCGCGAUGCUCUGAUCGGCCACUUCCGGAAUAGCAACAUCAUGUUCGAGAAGGCCGUCUACCGGCCGAAGCUUUUCUAUGUGGACGGUCCGCUGGCCGGCCAGGAGGAACCUUUCCCCGAGCUCCCGGCCGCCGGGCUCGGCGACUGGUCAGGCACCUCGACCGGCCCGGGUUCCGGAUCGUCCACCACCACCGGCGGCGGCGGCGGCGGCGGCGGCGGCGGCGGUAACAACUCCUCCACCAGUGGAGGGGGCCGGCACUCGCGCUCGCAUACGCCCCUUUCGCCAUUGCCCUCCUCCCUCGGGCCCUCGCGAUCCGGCGACCAGCACUCACGUCCAGGAGGUCGGCGAUCCUACUCGCCGCCGCCCAGUAGCGGACCGACCGGCUUCCAGGGCGGGCGUCGACGUGGAUCCCUCAGCUCCGGUCUUGGCUCGGCAGCCAGUGGUCUCACCCCGUCCACGGUGGUCAGUGGGGCAUUCUUCACCGGCGGCGGGGUCUCUUCCUCGCCUGUGAUUCUCCCCCUGGGCGAUGAGCCAGUCGGCCGGCUUCCCCCCUCCCGGCCCGGCUCGGCACUGGGUGUUGCCUCCUCGUCUGCUGGCUCGCCUCCUGGGGUAGCCACGGCGGGGCCUGUGGCCACCACCACCGCCACCACCACUGCUGCCAGUGCUGCCGCUGCCGCUGCCGCUGCUGCUACUGCCGCCGCCUCCGCAGCAGUAGCAGCAGCCGCCGCCGCCGCCACCACCACCACCACCGCCGCCGCUCCUGCACUGCCCUCCGCCCGAUCUCCUCGCGUGGAUGUGGUUCUUGGGGAUCUCCUACCGACGGAUUUGCUGCUCUCGGUGGAUUCGCCCAUGUCGGAUGCCGCGUCGCCCGGGGUCGGUGUCAACGCUGCUCUGGCUUCCGGCACCAUCGGGCUCUCAGCCACUGCCCCGGCCAGUCCCGGUCUCGGCACUUCCUCCCAACCGGGCCUCAUGGAGGCAGCCAUGGCCGCAGUGGCUGUUGUUGCUCCAGUGCGCCCGGGUGUCUCCUCUGCCGGAGCAUCCGUUGCACGAUUGCACCACUCGCAUCACCAGCAGCCGCAGCCGCAGCCGCAGCCGCAGUCGCAGUCGCAGUCGCAGCUGCAACACCAUCAGCUCUCUCACCAUCAGUCCACCGUGGGUAGCACUUCGGCCCGGGCUCUCCCCUCGCCUACGGGCCUUGCUGGUGGAGGCAUCUUUUCCACGGUAGAUCCCUCCUCACCGCCAGCACACUACUUCUCAAAUCGGCGACAUUCCUAUUCCGGUGCCAGCAGCAGCAGCAGUAGCAGCAGCAGCAGCAGCAAUAACAGUGACCGAGCCCAGUCGUCACUUUCCUCGCUUGGGUCCUCCACGUCUAUCGGAGGGUCCUCCACAUCGAUGAGCUCUUCCUCCACGACUGGGACCCCCAUGUCGCUUGGAUCCCUCCCUCCACCAUCACCCCCCUCAUCCGCGUCUGGUGGCUCGGGGGGCUCCACGGCGGCGGCGGCGGCGGCGGCGGCGGCGGCGGCGGCAGCGGCUCCCCCCGGAUCUCUGCCCGGCUUGAACGGCCUACAUGGCACGAAUGCGGCAACAGCGCUGGCGUUCCAUCAUCUUGGUCAUCUCAGCCCGAUCGCCCACCCCCAUCUCAGCCAUCAUGGCCAUCCCCUCGGCCAGCAUCACCCUGUCGGCCAACACCACCAUCAUGGCCACCAUCCCCACCACCAGCAGCAACAGCACCCGCACCCGCACCCGCACCCGCACCCGCACCAGCAACAUCAACACCACCACCACCAGCAGCAACACCACCACCACCAGCAGCAACAGCAACAUCAUCAGCUUGGCCACCAUCACCACCUUGGUCACCAUCUUAACUAUCACCUUCCAUCGGGGACCGGUCUGUCACUUGUGGCAGGCAUUGCCUCGGAGGAGUCGGCCCCACCCCCGCCGCCCUCGUCGUCCCUGUCAUUGACCUCUUCAGCAGCCAGCCAGCCCGGCACAGGAGCUGCCACCAAUGCCAGUCGCCUGUCACCGCGCGCCGCCCUGGCCAAGGUGCCGGAGGCUCUCGACCAGUCGGAUGUCUCCUCCUGCUGGGAACCCAGCGAUGUCCGCGGCGGCGGAUCCCCAAGCCCUGUAGUCACCAGCCUAACGGCAACCCCACCCUCCUCGUCCUUGUUCUCGUCCUCCUCCUCGUCCUCCUCCUCCUCCUCGUCCUCUUCCUCGUCCUCGUCCUCCCCCUCCAGCAGCUCCAUCCGUGCCGGUCUAGAUGGGAGUUCCUCUUCACCAGCGCUCCUUGCUUCCACAAUCUCCUCCACCGCGGUGUCGACAGCGGGGACAAGUGACACCUCUUCCAUGGCGCACUCCGUGGUCUCCGCAUCCAUUCCCCCCCCGGCCGUGACAUCGGUUCCCUCGUUCAUCCCAUUGGCCGCGCCACCGCACCCUGGGCUAUUGGGCUCACAUGCGCGGUCGCGCUCACUUCCCAUGGUGUCCGUCCCGCCGUUGAUGUCCCAGACAUCGUCCCAGGUCCCGCAUCUACUGGGCGGCGCGAAUGCCGGGGCCGGGCCACAGACCCAGCCACCGACUAGUGUGCCCUUCGGCUUUUCUCGACUUGGUGCGGCCCCUUCGCCGUCGCCCCUUCCUCGAAACUUCGGCCUGACGGAGUACAUGCUCCUGACACCGACGGGUGUCCCGCUGGCGCCUGGUGGAGACACAGGACCCGACAUGGGAUCCUCGGUGGCCACCGAUCCAACUGUGGCCAGUGCCACGCACUAUCCCACGCGGGCCGGCAUGUCGGGCGAGGAUGGCACGCUGGCCGCUCUGUCGCAUUCGCUACUGGGGCUGGGCAUCACUGAUGCCGGAAGCAGCCACUCCUUCUUGGCAUCUCACCCCCAGCCGACGGCACCGGCCCCCCUUCACACGACCGCGUCUCCGCCAACGGAUGUCCGACUCUUCCCCCGACAUGCAUACUCCUCCUCCUCCUCUCCUCCCGCCCGGGGGCCCGAGUCCGACCUGCAUCCGCAUACCCUGUCCACCCAUCUGGAGGCGGAGGACCUUGCCCCGCCAAAUGGCGCCUCGCAGCCGCAUUUCAUCGGGCCCGGCUACGCUCUGACCGGGGGAACAGCAUCCACCGGACUGCAUCUCCCAGCACCGAGCCAGUUCGGCGCGAUCGGCACGCCGAGGCCCGGGGCGCUGGUCCGCUCGCAAACCGCCAGUGCCGAGCUGUCCUCGGUGGCGGAAGCCUGUGCGCCGGAGGAGAAAGAGGAUCCCACCCUGCCGAAGGCUGGUGGGCCCCCCUUGCUGGACUCCAGUGAGGGACUGGUAGCCACGGCACCGGCGGAUUUGAUGUUCCUGCCGCCGGGAUCAGCGGCAGCCGUGGCCAGUGCCGCGGCUGCCGCGGCCGCUGCCGGCGCCGGCGCCACCACCACCACCACCACAUCGGCCUUUGUACAGUAUCGCGCGCCACAGGCAGGCCAGUCCGCCUCGCCUGUGGUCGAGGCAACCGAUUCCAUGGCGGCGACGGGCGCUCCUGCUGCUACCCUGGUUGGCGGCCGGCCAUCGGCUCUGUCCCUUUCCGGGUCGCUGUUUGCCGACUCGGUUGGCGCGGUGACGGCGUCGUCAGCUGCCCCGGCGGUGGCCACUGCCGUGCACGUUCGCCACGCGUCAAUGCCUGUGCCAAUGUCGACGGCUGGCGGCUCGCCACCGGUAUCUGGCAAUGGGGCCGAGCUUUUCCCCGGGCCCGGGCAGGCCUGGCUCCCGCUGGGAAUGAGCUGCGCCUGUGCGGGCCUCGGCCAUUGUGGUGCCUGUGUGAGCUCGCCGGCGGCCACGAUGGGCGGCGCCCCGGCCCCCAUCGGCCACCACCCGCGACAAUUGUCCGCCUCGGGAAGCGGCGGCAAGUAUUCGAUGGAGGAUGCUGGCCAAUCGUCUGCUCCCUCCUCGCUGCUCCAUCUUCCCGGAGGUGCUGGCAAUGCUGGGGCAACGGGGCAGCUGUUUGCCGCGGCCAUGGCGGCCGCCACUUCAUCCGUCCCCCCGCACUCGCAUCACCCUCACCACCUGCACCACCUGCACCACCAUUCGCACCACCAUUCGCACCAUCCGCACAUGCAUCCGGCCCAUUCGCAUGUGCACCAUGCGUCGCCGCCUCACCAGCUGCUCCUGCACGACUAUCACCUCUCAUCGCAGGCCCAGCCACACCACAUGGCCGGGGCCGGGCCACCCCCAGGGCAGCCGCUGGCGCUGCCCUACUUCGCCAGCGGACUGGCCGUCGGGUCGAAUGUCCCCGGCUUUACCACCAGUUCCAGUGGGGGCUCCAGUCCCCCCGUACCCACUGCAGCCCAGCCCCCAGGCCUCCACAAUGGGUAUGCCUCCACCGGCGGCUUCCUGGCCAUGCCCUCGACCGCCGGCGGAGCCGGCAGCACUAUCCAGGCGCCUGCCUCGCACCACCAUCACCAUCACCACGGCUUCCAGUAAGCAAUGUCUGCCUGGCGGCGCAUCCCGUCCUUCCCCCCCCCCCUCCCCCCC